CGUGCGCUUUUUGGCACACGGCGCGCAACCUCUGUGCCAACCCAACGUCAAGGCACAUACACGCAUACACACAAACAGUCGGUGCGUGCUGGAAGCAGUCCGCUGUAGAAGGGAAGACGGACAAGCCACGCAUCUGCAUCAGCGAGCGAGGAGGGUGGCGCGGUGGAAUUGCCUGCAGGAAUUCAGUUGUAAAGUACAAACAGGAGGCAAAAAUGCGCUGAGCGAGAGUCUGUCCGGAGCUCAGUUAUUAACCAAAGAUUACUGCACCGAGUCGUCUGAAGAAAGGAAAAGAAAAUCAAACGCUUUGGAGAAGUUGUCAUUUCAGAGGAUUUCCGUCUAGAGAUGAAUACCAACGAUGCCAAGGAGUAUCUCGCGCGGCGGGAAAUACCGCAACUAUUUGAGAGCCUGCUCACAGGUCUGAUGUACUACCGGCCCGAUGACCCCAUUGAAUACUUGGAAGGCUGUCUGAAGAAAGCCAGAGAGCUCGGAGGACCAGAAAAGGUGCGGUGGGAUACUUUUGUGGGCCAGGAGAAGAAGUCACUUCCUCCUCUCAAUGGAGGCCAGUCACGCAGGUCCCUCUUCAGAAAUGUGUUGCCAGACAGCCCCAAUUUCCCCUACAGACGGUAUGACCGCCUCCCUCCCAUCAGCCAGUUCUCCAUCGAGAGCGACUCUGACCUGUCGGAGACGGCGGAGCUCAUAGAGGAGUACGAGGUGUUCGAUCCAUCCAGACCACGACCUAAAGUCAUCCUCGUCAUCGGUGGCCCUGGCAGUGGCAAAGGAACGCAGAGCCUGAAGAUUGCCGAGCGCUACGGCUUCCAGUACAUGUCUGUGGGCGAGCUGCUGAGAAAGAAGAUGAUCCACAACGCCACAAGCAACAGAAAGUGGAGCCUGAUCGCUAAAAUCAUCACCAACGGAGAGCUGGCACCACAGGUAGCAGAGACACAGAGAAGGAGAGCGGGUGAAGGGAGGGGGUGACACAGAAAGAAUAUGA